CCGGCCCACGGCUCCGGGCGGCGCGGCUACCCCAUGCCCUUAUAAGGGCGGCCGUCGCCGGGGCAACGAGCGCCCGCCCCCGGCCGCGCCGCGCGCCCCCGCCCCGCCCCCGCCGGCGCCGAUGGAACGCUGGUGUCAGGCCGGCCGCAGCGCGGGGCCGGCGGCGAGCGCCAGGGCGAGGCCGAGGCUCGGGCCCAGGCGCAGGCCCAGGCCGGCCGCGCGCGCGCUCGGCGGGGAGGGGAGCCGGGGCAGGCUGCGGGCCGCACUCCCCACUCGGCUCUGUCGCCCGGACCUCCGCGACUGCGGCCGGCCGCGCGCGGCGCCCGGGGCGCCCGGGACUCCCGGGCUGCGGCGCGCGCCCCCGCCGCCCCUCCCCCCCCGCCGCUCAACUUGCGGCCAAAGUUUCCCCCCGGGCUCGGGGGCGCGCGCGCGCCCUCGGACGGCGAGCUGCUAAGUUGGCCUGGGCGGCGGGGCCGGACCAUGGCCCGCGCGUCCCCACCGGGUCCCCAGGACUCCGGACCACGGGACCCGGGCGCCCCAGACCCGCGCCUCUAGCGCGCCCCCGCCGGCCGCGGGCACGCGUGGGAAAGUUGGCCUGGAACCGGCCCGACCAGUUCCUGCCGGGCGCGCGGACCGGCCGCAGGAAGUUGCCGAAAAACUUUUUUCGGGGGGUGCGACCCGAGCCCCCCGAGCGCACGGGCUGCAUGCGCGCGGGGUAGCCGGGUCCCCCUCGGGUCGCCAGGCGUGCCCGGAGGGGACGGACUCGCCCCGGGGCGCCCCGGCCCCGCCGUCCCUGGGGCUAUGGCCAUGGUGACCAGUGGCUGGGGCGGCCCCGGCGGCGGCGACACGAACGGCGUGGACAAGGCCGGCGGGAGCUACCCACGCGCCACCGAGGACGACUCGGCGUCGCCUCCCGGGGUGGCCAGCGACGCGGAGCCGGGCGACGAGGAGCGCCCAGGGCUGCAGGUGGACUGCGUGGUGUGCGGGGACAAGUCCAGCGGCAAGCACUACGGAGUGUUCACCUGCGAGGGCUGCAAGAGUUUCUUCAAGCGCAGCAUCCGCCGCAACCUGAGCUACACCUGCCGGUCUAACCGAGACUGUCAGAUUGACCAGCACCACCGGAACCAGUGUCAGUACUGCCGCCUAAAGAAGUGUUUCCGGGUGGGCAUGCGCAAGGAGGCCGUGCAGCGCGGCCGAAUCCCGCACGCGCUCCCGGGUCCCGCGGCCUGCAGUCCCCCGGGCGCGGCGGGCGUCGAGCCGUUCGCGGGGCCGCCGGUGUCCGAGCUGAUCGCGCAACUGCUGCGCGCCGAGCCCUACCCCGCGGCCGGGCGCUUCGGCGGCGGCGGCGCCGUGCUGGGCAUCGACAACGUGUGCGAGCUGGCGGCGCGCCUGCUGUUCAGCACGGUCGAGUGGGCCCGCCACGCGCCCUUCUUCCCCGAGCUACCGGCCGCCGACCAGGUGGCGCUGCUGCGGCUCAGCUGGAGCGAGUUGUUCGUGCUGAACGCGGCGCAGGCGGCGCUGCCGCUGCACACAGCGCCGCUUCUGGCCGCCGCGGGGCUGCACGCCGCGCCCAUGGCUGCCGAGCGCGCAGUGGCCUUCAUGGACCAGGUGCGCGCCUUCCAGGAGCAGGUGGACAAGCUGGGCCGCCUGCAGGUGGACGCCGCCGAGUACGGCUGCCUCAAGGCCAUCGCGCUCUUCACGCCUGAUGCUUGUGGCCUUUCUGACCCAGCCCAUGUGGAGAGCCUGCAGGAGAAGGCACAGGUGGCCCUCACCGAGUAUGUGCGUGCCCAGUACCCAUCGCAGCCCCAGCGCUUUGGGCGCCUGCUGCUGCGGCUGCCAGCCUUGCGUGCUGUGCCAGCAUCCCUCAUCUCCCAGCUUUUCUUCAUGCGCCUGGUUGGCAAGACACCGAUCGAGACGCUCAUCCGAGACAUGCUACUAUCAGGGAGCACCUUCAACUGGCCCUACGGCUCGGGCUAGUGAGGGACACCCUCCACGACACCAGGAUGCUGGGACCUUGCAGGGGCCCUGGGGUCAGGGCCCCAGCUUUUCUCCUAAGACUGAUUCUUUUUUAAAAGACUGUGAAAUGUUUGUCUGUUUUGUUUUUUAAUUAAUCUUGAAACCAAAAAGAAUUUGCUCUCCCAGGCCUCAGCCUUGUCCUCCUGGCAGCCCCUGGUCAGAGAGGCUGAGGUCUGGAGCCAGUGUGCUGGUGACCCUGCUGUGACAGGUAUGGGGCUGGUAUCUGGAAGGGCCGCUGCAGCUGGGAUACAUGGCCCAUGAUGGGCACUCUGAGAUGAUGAAACCAUGGCCAAUAAUAAAGAUAUUCCCCUACUUG